AUGAAUCAGAGCUUGAGGUUCUUUCUUUUCUCUGUAUCUUCUCCUUGCGAUUUUCUCCCGGCUGCUCUCGCGUUCAAUAGACAGAGCAAGAGGUGUACCGAUGUUGUGUGCAAGGCCGUGUCUGUCAAGCCCAAAGCUGGAAUUGAAGGGCUCAAUAUCGCCGAGAAAGCCGCUCAGGUGGAACAUCUAAAGCCUGGAACUGGCGGUCACAGAUUGAAUGUUAAGUUGAAAGAGGAUGUGUCAAACUUGGGUAAGCAAGGGCAACUACUGGAAGUGAAAGCCGGUUUUUUCAGAAACUUCCUGUUGCCUACGAGAAAGGCUCAGCUCAUGACUCUGAUUCUGGAAAUGAAGAUGGAAGACGAACGGAUAGAGGCAGAAAAGCAAAGGGUGAAAGAAGAGGCCCAACAACUGGCAAUGAUAUUUGAAACCGUUGGGGCUUUCAAGGUUAAACGCAAGGGUGGUAAAGGCAAACAAAUAUUUGGAUCUGUGACAGCACAAGACCUCGUCGACAUCAUCAAGGCACAGCUCCAAAGGUCUUUUGAUUUUUUAGGUUAUGAAGAUUUGUAUGACUGCUCCAGAGAUGCUUGUAAGAAUGCUUUCUUUUUAUCCUAAAACACGAAUUAAGGAUCUUCAAAUUGUAUUCUUCGAAUUGCUUUAUAUUUGUUCUCUUUUUGUAUCUCAUAUGUUUUGCUACAUCUGUUUCUUUUUUUCAUGAUACUUUAGUAUAUAUUUGUAUUCAUGUAUGACAAGUUUUGAAAAAAUGUAAUCUUUUAGACGAAAAA